AUGGCCUCACCAAUGCCCAAUCCUAUUCAAGGCGGCUGGAAUCACAACGGUCAGACGAUGCAACAGAACGUGGAAACAAAUGAAGCAGGCGUCCAAGUGAGGCCUAUGGGCCUCAAGGUACAUUAUACAUUUGACAAGGAGGCCAAAAUCAAUUGCCUUGCUCGUUCAACACAAACCCUCUUCGUUCAAACGAUUCCCCUCGAUGAACAAAACUCCAUUGGCAUUGUCGACUUGAGAGCGUGUCUACAGGCAAUCACCGAAUGCAGCCCAGAACUCGGGAACCAAGAUACUGAGGGCGACUACACCAUUUACGCACUCGAUUAUUCAGAACCAGACACCCCCUUGGUUGGACAAGGCAUGCUAUCAUGGGCACUCGACUCAAUGCGUGGUGGUGAAUGGCUGUCUCAGUCGCCCAAAAUGGUAACUGGGCGUGUUACCAAGAACUUGCUUGCCGUAUUUGGAGGAGGAAACCGCGAGACAAUCGAAGUCAAGCUCAAGUUCACAGUCGGUUCCAGGCUUCAAAGGCGAGAACCAAAUGUUGACAUGCCACCCAUGGAGAUACCGCCUCACCCUAUGCAACCCACGCCUUUACAACCCGCUCCACUGCAGCCUGCCUCUAUGCCACCCUCCCGCUCUGCUGAAAUGGCCGUGGCUUCUGGUGCCGCUGAAUGGAGCUCUUUCAUCCAGGCCAACCCUCAUAUCGGACACACAGCACAUGUGUCUCGAGUGGCAUCACCUGCGCUUUCUCAAGGCGCACCACCUGUUUCAAUUGAACGACGAGACUCGAUUGAUCCCGCGAUUAGCCAAGCCAAUUCAGGAUCGGAUGUUCAGCGCAUAGCACCCAUGCCCGUCCCUCCAUCAACUACCGCUGCUUCUACGUCAAGACCUUCUAGCAGAAGCUCCCGCAACAGGAAGCCACCGACAGGGCGGCCUCGCGGUAGGCCGCGAAAGAAGCCUGCCGAAGGAAACACCUCAGGGUAUGAAGACGGCACCGAGGGCGAGGAUGGCGGCUCAGUGCCAGUCAAGAAAAGAGCCAAACCCAUGAAGGUCGAAAAGGCUACUCCUAACCCCUUCACUUCAGGUCCAGAAUCUCUACGUGUCACUGCUAGUACCGCUGGUUCUCUUCGAAAUUUCCGUCCUGUUAAUGCAAACAAUGAGGCAGUCGCUGGGAAUCAUCUACAGGAGGUUCCUCGGGCACCUACUCCCGUUCCUGAGGGAGGACCCCUGAACGGCCCUGCCCAGCCUGGCCCCAAAGGUGUCAAGCCUCGGAGUCAAUCCUCGAUGCGCAAGGAGCUGGGUGCUACUCUGAGCAACCAAAUACCCCCGAGACCCCUUCGCGCCUUGUCCCCGAGUCAAGAGGAUGGCCGUUCUCCAGAAUCGCCUGUCGAAACUCCUGCCUUUUCAGAGGAUAGCCCGCAGGACAUACGGUCAUCCCCCCCUCUGCCACGAACAGAAUCUUUCAUGCGGUCAAGUCCUCCUCCUUCCAGUCCUGUUUUGCCACCCAUGCCGUCCCUACCAAGACAAAUAUCGAGCUUUGCAGAGAAUGAAACAGACGACUUGUUGGAUGAACCUGUCUUACCAACAGCCAAAGAGGGCCAGACUUAUAGCCAGCCUAGGACGCAGAAAGUAAUGGAAGACGUGGAUAAUACCGGAAUUCCAACCCAAGUGUUCAGAAUCGAAGACGGGCCAGAAGGCCAAGGGCUCGUUCAUAUCCAGAACUUCAACACCCCUUACCCAACCUCAACUCCUGCUGGUCCCCCUCCAUCAGAACCCGUUACCGCGAAGAAAGUUGCCAUCCCUCGACUAGUUCGAAAUUCUUCUCAGAAACGACCAGCAAGCUCAAAACAACAACCACGAGGCUAUGCACCAACACCUCCUCCUACGACAGAUGCUCCAGAAAAGGAUAGCCCAGUCCCUACCACUGCACCCUCGCUGCCAGAUUCUACUCAAGCGCAGGGCAACCAAGCUAUAGAGGCAAUGGAAGAAGAUGCCCUCUUUGAAUUAGUGCGCGCAGUCUCUAGUUCUUCUGAGCCUAAUACUUCAAUUUCAACUAACCAAUCUACUGAAGGAUCUUUACCUACUUCAAAAUCAAGUACUCGUGCCAUCGCACCAAAGCCCCGCCCCUCGCGACCACUCGGCAGAUCACAGUCCGCAGGACUUCUAGCUUUGCCAUCUGUACCGGCAAGCGAGCCUGCUGGGCCAUCUUCUCUAUCACAGUCUGUCCUUGCGGAACCGCCCCGCCCUUCCACAGACACCACAACUUGUCUUCGUCGUUCCAAAUCGGUCAGCGUCCCCAAACCGAUUGCUGCCAGUGACCCUUUGGGACCGCCUGAGACAUAUUUGAUUACAAACACUCUACCUACACUGUCAGAGGCAAUCUUUCCGCAGAGCGACUUUCCUCCUAUGCCCUCGUCCCCGCCCUAUAAGUCCAACAAGAACCAAAUCAAGAAGGACUCCAUUAAACAGAGGCUAGAAUCUGCAAUCGCAGCUGGCGAGAUGCCUCCGUUCUGCACUAAUUGCGGUGCCAUUGAGACCCCAACCUGGCGCAAGAUUUGGGUUCAGGAACAUGACGGAGCACCAGAAAGCGUGGAGUACUCAGAGAAGCCUGGCCGGGUUACUGCCAUUGAGAUUCUGAAACGGGAUAAGGACAAGAAUCCCCUGUCCCACCGCCUUAUCAAGAAAGCGCUUGGUUUUGGUGAUGACCGAAAUGACUGGUCAGAGAAACUGCUCUGUAAUCCCUGCGGUAUAUGGAUGUCUAAAUAUCACAACCACCGCCCACAGGACAAAUGGGAUAACGGGCUUCUGGGCCAGAGUCGAAAGAAGCGGGGAUCCGCUGGCCCUGAGUCGCAGGCAAAACGUGCCCGUACUAAGAGUUCUUCGGCGCCCCAUCCUCCUUCAGAAACCUUCCCAGCCACAGACUCCAUUGGACCGGUCGAGCGUUCAUCCCCUAAGCAGGCUAAUGUUAUCUCUAUGGGAUCACGAGUUAAUGAAGAUGCGGCCAUGCAGAAUGUAUUUCAUUUACUGGCGGCUGACGGGCGCCAUAAUAACAUGAGUCAGUCAGUCCCAGGCUCCUCCCAUUCCCGGGCUUCCAGAGGUACUGGGACUGCUGACAGUCCCAUCGAGAUGGACCUUGAUGACGAGUUGGGAAGCACUCGACGCCUGCUCUUCCCUUCACCCCGUAAGGGGGGUACACCGAAGACCUUGGGAGAGAUCGAUGCCAACGUGACUAAGACAGCAGACUGUCGGCAAAACAAGGAGAUCUGUGGAAAGGAGAAUGCAGUCUACGAUGCUCAGAGCGAAGAUCUCAUUAUGGAUGAUGACAUAGAGGCGUUGUUUAACAGCCCAGUUCGUCCUUCGACGCCGCCGCCCAAAUCCAAGGCCGAUGCUGACUCGGCUCUCUUCAAAACCCCGACACGCCCUACACCCAGCCAUCGACCUAUCACACGCAGUGUCUCGCGAUCUCUUCGAUCAGUGAGAGAUUUAUUGUCUCCUAGCCAACAGGCGCUUCUACAAAGAACGCCGACCAGAAGUCCUGCGAGCGUUAGGCGCAGCCCACGACUUAAUCUGGAGAGCAAGUUAGAGAGUGUCCUCGAUACUCCCCUGAGCCGAACCAUAACGCAGUUGCUCUCUGAGCCAAACUUUGACUUGGCGAGUAGCACUUUAGAUUUUUCCACGCUCCCAUUGCUAGAUACAGACCCUGCCAGUCUAGGUGACUUUGGCAGUUUUCUCAGCACCGACGGCAUUGCGCCAAGUUCAUCCCCCAAAGAUGGUAAUGUGAACUUCACCUACGGUGGUUCAGAUAAUGUCUGGGCUGAAUGGGGCGGUAUUGAACACAAAAGUACUGUCCAGGAGAAGGAGAAGUAA